CGGAAGGGGCGAGGAGUGCGGGCGCAGUCUUGCUGACAGUUUCUCUCUGCGCGGUGGAGCAAGAGCGAGCCAAUGGGCGCCGAGCUCUAGGCAUGUGACCGGCGGUGCUGCCCCUCCCGGAAGGGAGCGAGCGGCCUUGAGAAGCAGUAGGUUCCGCUGAGAUGGGGCGCUCUUGGGCGGGGUCGCCAGGCCGGGGAUCCUGUCGGCGCGACGGGAUCGGAACGGUCGAUAUGGAUCAGAAACUUCCACAGUUGAUAGAAGCACUCACAACGUCAGGAGAACCUCAGCUGAAUCCUGAACAAAUGAAAGAACUGAAGAAACUCUGCAAGUCUUCAGAGGAGCAGCUCAACCAUGCCUACCACUUGCUGAUGACCCAGCUGAGCCAGGACCAUGCUGAGAUCCGUCUCUCUGCUUUCCAAAUUGUGGAUGAGCUCUUCGCCAGGUCUCACCAGUUCAGGGUGCUGCUCGUUUCCGACUUCCAGGAGUUCCUGGAGCUCACGCUGGGGACCGACCAUGAGCAGCCCCUGCCACCCCCCAAGGAAGCAGCCCAGAGGCUGAAGCAGGCAGCCAUGCAUGCUGUGGAAGGGUGGAAUGAGCGGUUUGGCAAGGCCUAUAAGAAGCUUGCCUUGGGCUACCACUUCCUGAGACACACCAAAAAAGUGGAUUUUCAGGAUGUGAAUGCCAGGACUUUGGCAGAGAGGAAGCGGGAAGAGGAGAAGCAGAAGCACUUGGAUAGAAUCUAUGGGGAGAGAGCCGAGCAGGCCAAGAGGGAGAUGGAAGAAAUGUCUGAGGAGAUUGCCUGCUGUCUGACGGAGGUGGAGAACUGCUUCAAGCUGCUGGUGCCCUUGUACCUGGGCCCAAAUCCCAGUGCAUCUUCAGAGGAUGCCUCUUACACGCCAGGCCCUGGCUGGGCUACCCCUGGCCGAUCUGGUGGCUCUGACCCCCAGGAUGAGGAGCAGCCAUGCUGCAGCAGAGACCUGCCUGCCUCAGCGUGCCACCUAGGAGCGGCUGGUGGUAGGGAGGGGCUGCCCCAGAUAGCACCAGAGGAUCCUUCAGAGGACGAGGAAGAAGGCAGUGACCUGGAGGAGUUCGUGCGGAGCCAUGGGCUUGGUUCACACAAGUACACGCUGGCUAUAGAGCUCUCCUCAGAGAGCCUGAAGGUGCAGGAGAAUGAGGACAACCUCGUUAUCCUCCAUGCUGCCCGAGACGCACUCAAGCUGAUCCGAAACAAGUUCCUGCCGGCCGUGAGCUCCUGGGUGCAGCGGUUUACCCGAGCUGCAGCCCAUGGUAGACACCUGAAGCGCGCCAUUGACCUGAAGAUGGAAUUGGAGCUCGUGUUGCAGAAGUAUGAGGAGCUCAAUAUUGAGCCUGACAGUGGGCAGUACCAGAUAGGAGUACCAGGGGAUGGGGACGAUGAGGACGACGAGGACUUUGUGGAAGUCCCGGAGAAGGAGGGGUACGAGCCCCACAUCCCUGACCACCUCUGGGGCGAGUACGGACUGGGCCCAAAGGCCCCGCCGAAGACCCUGGUGGGAGAUGCAGCUGCAUGGGAUGCUCAGGCGAGGAGGAGGACACAGAGGGAGGAAGAGGCGUUGGACCCCACCUCUGCUGCUGCUCAGCUGCGUCAGCUGCAUGACCCCCUGCCCCCCGUCCUACCCUCUCCUGCCAGGACUCUGCUGGGGCCUGAGGAGGCCCAGAAGCUGGAGGCAGAGCGUUCCCGGGCACCUGUCGUGCCUUUUGAUGUGGACCUAUGCUACUGGGGCCAGGAGGAGCAGAUGGCCGGGAAGAUCUUCAGGGCCGACUCUGAGCACCGCUUCUGGAAGCCCAGCGAGGUGGAGGGGGAGGUGGACAGCCCAGGCAUCUGUGCACUGCUCCGGAGCCGCCGCAUCCCCUUUGCGGGGAAGUUCGAGCCUGUGCAGCACCGCUGCCGAGCCCCGAGGCCCGAUGGCCGGCUCUGUGAGCGUCAGGACCGGCUGAAGUGCCCGUUCCACGGGAAGAUCAUCCCCAGGGACGAUGCGGGACAGCCCCUUGACGCGGAGGCCAGGGCCCGGGAGCAGCAACAACUACAACAGUCAAAGCGCCCAGACUGGCAGGACCCUGAGUUCCUGAAGGACGUAGAGGCGGCCACAGGGGUGGACCUUGGCUCUGCCCGGUACACUGGGAAGAGCAAAGGGAAGAGAAGGAAGUAUCCAAAGCUCACGGAUCUGCGGGCACAGGCCAGCACCUCACGGGCUCGCCUUGAGAAGAAGGUCUUUGCCAAGGCGGCAGUACAGAGGGUGGUUGCUGCCAUGAACCAAAUGGAUCAGAAGAAGCAUGAGAAGUUUGCAAACCAGUUCAACUAUGCGCUAAACUAGUGCUGGGCCAGCCUGCUGAGUCCCUCUGCUGGCCAGUUCCACCUCUGUGCACUGUGAGGGUGAUGCUGUGGGGCUGGCCAGAAGCCACACUGUUGUCUGCUCAGUGGCACCCAGGGCAGUGGGCCGUGGCAGCAGCCUGAGACUUGUGUGCAUCAUGACAGGUUCAGAACUUACAUAUGGCCUGCCGUCUCCCCAGGAGGGCACCCUGGGGCUGCACCCUUGGGUGCAGAUCUCUGAGCCCCUCUGGUGGUGAGUGACCACAUGCAGCGAUCCCAUCCGAGUGUGGCUCAGGGGCCUGUGCUCCUGCAGCAGGCCCAGUUCCACCUCCUAGAGGAUAUCACCCCAGCACCAGCGUGUGUUCCAAGCAGGCCAGGCUAGGGGCUCAUUAAGGGUGCAGCAUGUGUCCCUGGCUUCCCCACCCCUCUUCCACACCAUCACACUUGUCACUGUGGAGUGUCCCAGCCUCGUGCUCCAUGUGUGCCCUGGGCUGUCUGACCCUGGCUGUCCCUGGGAACCCCAUAAGCAGCACCGUGCCUUCUGACCAGUGCGAGGAUUCAGCGUCUCUACAUUCCAGUCAGCUCAGUGACUUCCCUCCAAAGUAACAAUCUUAGUGGGUUUGAGCAUUAUUUUUAUUUUCUUUCCUGUACUUCAGAUCAAAUACAUGACCUUACACUGAACUCAAUAA